AUGUCAACUCAAAAAGGAAAGAGAAAUAGAAUGGAUCUAGACGAUAGUUAUGAGCCAGAAGCAGAGUCUUCUCAGAGAGUCAAGACUAUGUCUUCUUCUACUGAUUGGGAAAACGAAGAAACACAACGUAAAGUCAAAGAUGUCGUCCGUUACUGCUUGUCAUGUGAAUACAAACGCAAAACAAUCAAGCGUGAAGAUCUACAGAAGCAUCUCAAUGCCAAAGGUUAUAUGUAUAAUCUUGUGAUUGACAAAGCCAAAACCAAACUAAGGAAUGUCUUUGGCUUUGAUUUGGUUGAAUUGCCUUCGAUUAGAGACAAACAGAAUCAGUCCAAGACACAACAACAGAAAAGCACUCAAGCACAAACAACAGACACGCAAACACAAGGAAGGGGCCCUUCUACAGGCGCUUAUGUGUUAGUAUCCUCACUCAAGGAAGUCUAUAGUACAGCCGAUAUCAUUACUCGUACUCCAGAAGAAUAUCAAUACACCGGUAUUUUAUAUACGAUCCUGGGCCUCAUCUUUCUUAAUGCCAAUGAAAUUUCCAGCCCUGAAUUAUACGCUCAUUUGGAUCGUAUGAAGAUUCGUAAGCAUGGAUCAGAUCAACUUGAGGACCGAGACAAAAUCCUAGACUAUUUCAUCAAAUUAAAUUAUCUUAGAAAAACCAAAAAACCUGAUACAGAAGGCGAAGAUUUAGAAUUCAUCUUUACAGCAGGAGCACGCGCCAAAGUUGAAUUGCCUACAGCCAGUCUUGUUCAUUUCAUGUGCAGUUUUUACAAUGGCUCUGAAGAAGAAAAACAAGCACUUGCUCGUAAAAUGUAUUUGCAAGCAGGUUUUAGUGAUAGUGUAGGUCGUUAA